UGGGGCAGCCGUCCUGCUCAGCCUGACUGUCCAGCUGUACAGCCAACAUGAAGACUCUCCUUCUCCUGGGCCUUGUCCUUCUCUCUGCCCCCACCCAGGGCAAGGUCUAUGAGAAGUGUGAGCUUGCCAGAACGCUGAAACGGAUGGGAAUGGAUGGCUACCAUGGCAUCAGCCUGGCAAACUGGAUGUGUCUGGCCAAAUGGGAGAGCAGCUACAACACACGCGCCAUCAACUACAACGCAGGAGACCGGAGCACCGACUACGGGAUAUUCCAGAUCAACAGCCGCUAUUGGUGCAACGAUGGCAAAACCCCGAGAGCGGUCAACGCCUGUGGCAUAUCCUGCAAUGCUUUGCUACAAGAUGACAUCACUCAGGCGGUAGCCUGUGCUAAGAGAGUUGUCAGGGACCCACAAGGCAUCAGAGCAUGGGUGGCAUGGAGGAAUCAUUGUCAGAACCAAGAUCUCUCCCAGUAUACUCGGGGUUGUGGAGUAUAAGCACAGAAUUUUCUUUCUUCAGCUCAUUUUGUCUCCUCAUAUUAAGGGAAUCUUAGUUAAGUAAAAGGUCACACUCCCAUUGUUUCCCCUUUUUACAGAAGCAGAAGAAAAAUAUGUUUUUCCUUCUAAGAGGCUUAACAUUCACUGGUGUGGUCAUUAUUUAAUGUUAAGCCUACAACAUUUUUCAGUUUACAAAUAGAACUAAUGCUGGCAAAAAUUUUGUCUAAAACCAUGGUCAUCAAAUCCAGGUCCAAUACCUUCAUUUAUGACCAAAGAAGUAAUGUAGUUCUUGAAUGAUACAGUACUUCCCAAUUCAUAAAGUGAAUCUCCUCCUAACCUGCUACUCUUAUAUGUUAUUAACUUGAGGAUUCUUCAUGCAUUAUGGGUAAAUCUGAGGCAGAUGAGUUUGCACCUGUUGAAAUGAUUACUAAUUAACCUCAGGUGUGACAUCAUGCAUGCUGUAAGAAAUAUAAACAUUAUCAUUAAAGGCUUUGCAAUGUA